UUUUUAGUUAUAAAAGCUCCAUGUAUCCCUAAAAGUUAGGCUCUGUUAGUAACCAAAAGCUUGCAGGUUCGAGCGGUCGCAAAUUCACCAUGGCUUUGAAUCGUCAGCACAAAUGGACAGUCAUCCUUAUGGGAACCAUAUGGGCAGCAAUGAUCCUCUUCAUUCUGCUCUUCCUUCUGGACUACUUGCGCUUGCGUUUCCGUAAGUCUAAGGAGGGUGCGGUGACGACUUCAGAUGGAACUCAGAGAAACUUCUUUUACAGGUGGUACUUGGUCUCAAGAAACAUUUACCAGGCAGUAGCGACUCGCAAGAAUUUGAUCGCUACUAUUGUAUUUAUCGUUGUCAUUGGAAUUUCUAUGGGCUACAUGAAACCCGAAAGUUAUCGAAGUCUUAAGUACCCAAAGCUUUGGUAUGUGGUCGUUGUCGCCAAUAGAUUUGGUUUCUUUGCCUGUGGUUUGUAUCCUAUUAUCUUCAUGUUGAGCAUGAAAAACAGCUUCCUUGGUCUUCUUUUAUUCAGUAGCUACGAGCGUCUUAACAUCUUACAUCGCUGGCUCAGCUAUGUUGCCGUCUUAUUCGUUAUUGUACACACUAUUAUUCUCGGCAUCUACUUCAAGAUCAACAACCGUCUUUGGUUCCUGCGUACCACUCGUAUCAAGUGGGGUUGGGCCGGUAUGUGCUGUUUGAUUCUUAUUGGUAUCACAUCCAUUCCCAUGGCCAGACGUAAGUACUACGAGUUUUUCUUCAUCAUGCACCACUUGAUGGCUAUCGGAACCUUGCUUACUACUUACUACCAUUACUCAAUGUGCCAGCCUUACGUUAAGGCUGCUGCUGCUAUUUACGGCUUCGAUCGUGGUUUGCGCUGCAUCAGAGCCAUUCUUGGUUACACGACUCUUACCGUCGAAAUUGUCGGCGACGACCUUGUCGUCCUUGAAGCAAAGAGACCUCGCUUCUCGCGCAUGUUUAAAUGGACUGCCGGUAAUCACAUUUUCCUCAACAUUCCCAGCAUCAACUUUUUCCAAUACCACCCCUUCACAAUUGCCAACAUCAAGGAAGACAACACUGUGAAGCUGUACAUUAGUGCCCGCCAAGGUUUUACAAGACGCUUGCUUGAAAAAGCAAAUUUGGAAUUGCCCAAGGUUGCUGAUUCGGACGAAUCUACUAUUUCUGGAGCCUCCAAGGACCUAAACAAGGCGGAUGGUACCGUCGACAUGCAUGGAAAGUCUCAAAAGAUAAAGCUGAGAGCUUUCUUGGAGGGUCCCUACGGUGCAAUUAUUAACGUGUUUAACGUUUACGAUUCCGUCUACUUCUUCGGUGCCGGUGUUGGUGUUACCUUCCCCCUUUCGCUGUGCAGAGAUGUUUUGAGAGAUCACGGAAAGGUCCGGAAGGUAGUGUUCGCUUUCGCUUUCAAGAAGGCCAACCUAAUGGAUUGGAUGCUUGAACUUUUGGAUGACUGUAAGAACUUGUCUGCCGGUCUAGAGGUCGAAUUGAAUUUCCAUGUCACUCGUGAAGACGUAAGCGCCUUGAAGUCGUACGUCGAAUUGGAGAUGCCCGCCAAUGUUAAGAUUCUCUGCUAUGGAGGCCGUCCUAACAUGGAUGAAUAUGCACAGCGAAUUGCCGAGGACGGCGAACAUUCCCGCUGUGCCUUUGCUAUUUGCGGUCCUGAAGCCAUUAUCAACUCGACGAAGCGUUCUAUGAACAAGUUUCUUACGCUGCAAUCCGACGUUUACCAGCACUAUGAGGCCUUCGAUUGGUAAACAAUUUUGUAAUUUUUAAAUUUUGUAACUAUUUUUUACUAUCAGAUUUCCUUUUAUUUAUCGUUCCUUUACGUUAGUUGAAAUAUCAUUCACUUUGGGCUUCAAUUAAAAAAGCAACAGAAACAACAUUACGAGGUGGAUACGACGGAAACGAUUAAUACUAAAACAAUAUGCCACAACACUCUCAUAUCCC